CACUCACAACAAGGUACAUUAAGUUCCACAUUCAUAGCGGAAACUAAUAAAACCUAUGAGCACAGAGCACACACACACUUUAUGCUGCGUCACUUUACAAGACACUAAAAGCUAAUCCGUGUCCUGACGCUACUCUGACUGCCGAGCCGGAUGUUAGCUUACAGACUCUAGACUCUGGGUGAACCCUGCAUGCUGUGAUGGCUGAGGUGAUUCUGGCGGAUCUGGUUCAUCCUCACUGUUCUCGGUACACACACUGUCUGGAAGAGCGCGUGAACAAGUUACUCAGCUCUCUCGGGAAUGGCACGAGCGAGCACGUUUACCUCAUUCUGCAACAGCACGCGGGCUGCUCUGAGGAAGCCCCCGCUAACCUCCGCUCUGUUGUAGCGAAACGCGCUGAACUGGAGAGACGCGUCCAUGUGUUAACCGACAGCAGCUCCGUGGCCGUGCUGUACGCGUUCAAGCGAGCCGCGGACGAGCUGAGUGUUACACACGUGCAUGUGAUGACGUGUAGUGCGCGGCGCGCGGAGCUGCAGGAGUGUGAGAAGCAGCUCUUCACCGAGCUCUACACCUUCACCUACAGCACCGUGUUGGACUGCAGCGGCUGUCCACUCACAGAGAACAACCCCACCUGCCCCCAGGACACUCACCUCACUCAGAUUACAGAGCAAAUCAGCGGCUUCCUGCAGCGCAUCCCAGCGCUCCGGGGAGAAAUUAGCGUCCUCAAGUCUCCACUCAUCUCAGACUGCUUUGCGCAUGGCUUCACCACAAGAACAGGAGGAAUUUCCUACAUCCGCACCCUGAGUUCUUUAAACCUAUUCAGCAGUUCUCGUCGUAGAGACCCACGAGCUGUAGUGGCUGAGAACCUGCGCCGCCUUGGCUUGCAUGCUGGCUUUCAUCCCUAUAAUUUCCACCUCUCCAAGGUUAACCAUUCCAAUGACGUAUGGGUAAUGAACAAGCCAGAACCUGAAAGCUAUGAUGCCAUUGUGACUAAUCAGCCAGGUGUUGUAAUAGCAGCCCCAGGUGCUGACUGCAUGCCUCUGCUUUUUGCUGACCCUGUGGGAAAGGUCAUUGGAGCAGCACAUGCAGGCUGGAGGGGAACCCUCAUGGGAGUUGCCAUGGCAACAGUAAAUGCCAUGGUGCGGGAGUUUGGCAGUGAGCCUGCUAAUGUGGUGGCUGUGAUUGGGCCUUCUGUUGGACCCUGCUGUUUCACUCUGGAACAAAAUUCAGCAAGAAAAUUCCAAGCUAUCCACCCAGACUGUGUCAAAGAUGUAGAGUCACCCAAGACUUAUGUGGAUAUCAGACUUGCCACUAGGGUCCUCCUUGAGAACGGUGGUCUCCUCCCAGAGCACAUUCAGGACAACACAGUGACAAACAGACCUAACAUACCUAACAUAACCCUCUGCACCUCCUGCAAUCCUGACUCCUUCUUCUCCCAUGUUAGAGAUGGCACCAACUUUGGCACUCAGAUUGGUUUCCUAUGGAUCAAGGAGUCCCAUGAGUUUACACAAUCAGAUUCUUAGAUUAAGGAAAUCAUUCAUUCCAUAAUAUGCACAUAUUCAGUGACAGACUAAUGUUAGACAUAUUGCUGCCAUACCACUUACCUCAGCUAGUACUCUUUUAAAUCUAUAGUAAGACCCAGUAAUAGCCUUUUGAAAGAUAUUAAAAUUCCAGCUGCCAGAUGAUAUUCAUAGUAAAAGUAAAUGAUGCAGUUGUUCUGUGUUGAUGUAUGUCUUGAUGAAUUGCAUGGUUGUAGCUUACUCUGAAGAACUAAUUUCAUGUUGGUGUUUGAAUUAAUUAUUACAAACAUGUGUUAGCACCACCUCUUGGCAUUUUCACAGUGGAAACACUACCUAUAUCACACUGGUAAAUCUCUAGUGACCUGCAAUAUUAAUUUCCUGUAGUAGGCUAUUUCCAGUAGCUGAUCUAUAUAGGGCAGGUCAGUUUCAAAGAGUACACAUGAUGGAGAACCACUGUAAGGAAAUGAACUGAUGCACUAUGUUAAAUCUUAUUACAUUACUGACAAAAUAUCACUUUCAUUAACAGUUUUAAAGAUGGAAUAAAUAUAUAUGAGGUGCAAUGAUGUUGCAGCAUUGUCACGUCACA